AUGUACCCCCAUGUACCCCCCAUGUACCCCCAUGUACCCCCAUGUACCCCCAUGUACACCCCAUGUACCCCCAUGGACCCCCCAUGUACCCCCCAUGUACCCCCCAUGUACCCCCGUGUACCCCCAUGUACCCCCAUUUACCCCCCAUGUACCCCCCAUGUACCCCCACGUACCCCGUGUACCCCCAUGUACCCCUCUGUACCCCUGUGUACCCCUGUGUACCCCUGUGUACCCCCAUGUACCCCCCAUGUACCCCCCAUGUACCCCCAUGUACCCCCAUGUACCCCCGUGUACCCCCAUGUACCCCCCAUGUACCCCCGUGUACCCCGUGUACCCCCAUGUACCCCCCAUGUACCCCCAUGUACCCCCAUGUACCCCCAUGUACCCCCGUGUACCCCCGUGUACCCCGUGUACCCCGUGUACCCCCGUGUACCCCUUGUACCCCCCAUGUACCCCCCAUGUACCCCCCCAUGUACCCCCGUGUACCCCCCGUGUACCCCCGUGUACCCCCAUGUACCCCCAUGUACCCCCAUGUACCCCCCAUGUACCCCCCAUGUACCCCCAUGUACCCCCAUGUACCCCCCAUGUACCCCCCAUGUACCCCCCAUGUACCCCCAUGUACCCCCAUGUACCCCCAUGUACCCCCCAUGUACCCCCCAUGUACCCCGUGUACCCCCCAUGUACCCCCAUGUACCCCCCAUGUACCCCCAUGUACCCCCAUGUACCCCCCAUGUACCCCCCAUGUACCCCCAUGUACCCCCGUGUACCCCCAUGUACCCCCAUGUACCCCCCAUGUACCCCCAUGUACCCCCCAUGUACCCCCCAUGUACCCCCAUGUACCCCCCAUGUACCCCCAUGUACCCCCAUGUACCCCCAUGUACCCCCAUGUACCCCCCAUGUACCCCCCAUGUACCCCCAUGUACCCCCAUGUACCCCCAUGUACCCCCCAUGUACCCCCCAUGUACCCCCAUGUACCCCCAUGUACCCCCCAUGUACCCCCCAUGUACCCCCAUGUACCCCCCAUGUACCCCCAUGUACCCCCCAUGUACCCCCAUGUACCCCCAUGUACCCCCAUGUACCCCCAUGUACCCCCCAUGUACCCCCCCAUGUACCCCCCAUGUACCCCCAUGUACCCCCAUGUACCCCCCAUGUACCCCCAUGUACCCCCCAUGUACCCCCUGUGUACCCCCCAUGUACCCCCCAUGUACCCCCAUGUACCCCCAUGUACCCCCCAUGUACCCCCAUGUACCCCCCAUGUACCCCCAUGUACCCCCAUGUACCCCCAUGUACCCCCAUGUACCCCCCAUGUACCCCCAUGUACCCCCGUGUACCCCCAUGUACCCCCCAUGUACCCCCCGUGUACCCCCAUUAACCCCCCAUGUACCCCCAUGUACCCCCAUGUACCCCCGUGUACCCCCAUGUACCCCCAUGUACCCCCCGUGUACCCCCAUGUACCCCCAUGUACCCCCCAUGUACCCCCCAUGUACCCCCAUGUACCCCCAUGUACCCCCUGUGUACCCCCAUGUACCCCCAUGUACCCCCGUGUACCCCCCAUGUACCCCCAUGUACCCCCCAUGUACCCCCAUGUACCCCCAUGUACCCCCAUGUACCCCCCAUGUACCCCCCAUGUACCCCCCAUGUACCCCCAUGUACCCCCAUGUACCCCCAUGUACCCCCAUGUACCCCCAUGUACCCCCAUGUACCCCCCAUGUACCCCCAUGUACCCCCAUGUACCCCCAUGUACCCCCCAUGUACCCCCAUGUACCCCCAUGUACCCCCAUGUACCCCCCAUGUGCCCCCCAUGUACCCCCCAUGUACCCCCCAUGUACCCCCAUGUACCCCCCAUGUACCCCCCAUGUACCCCCCAUGUACCCCCCAUGUACUUAG